AUGUUCGACCACUUCGCGUUAGGAACCCAGGCCCGCUCAGGUUCGGAUGGCUCUCGCGAGGAGCUGCCUCUAUCUCCGAGACAACGCCCUCGAGAAUUGCUGAGGCCUACUGAAGUACUUUUGUCUCCCUCGGAAUCAUCUCCAGCUGUUCUUGAGAUACCACUACCUCCACCACAGCCCAUUGACAACCUUACCCACGAGCUCAGCAAGCAGACGCUGAUUCCAGAACUGCCGCCACGAGGUGCGCGGACUACCUCGGCUGGAGCGUUGUCGUCAACAAUCACCGAUUUAUCAAUGGCCGAUCUAGAGGUGGAUGAUGAUUGCGAUAUGAGCCUUACAACGCAUGAUAUCAGAGAACAUCAGCCAGUAGCCGACUGGAAAAGAGCCCGGCGCCAGCGUUAUAGCCGUUAUGUCAACAACCCAGCCAAUACCCGCGCGAUAGAGGCACGUGUUAAGGGCAUGAUCUCAGAAGAGUUGCAAUGCAAUAUUCAUCCAUCUGCAGCAAUGUCGUCUUUGCCAGCGGCUGUGCCUGUAUAUCCCCAUCUUCCCAACAUUGCUGCAGACGGUUAUCCUGAGAUCGACCCGGCCUUGACACAGCCGGGAGUGGACGAAGGCUUUUGCGAUCAAGACGAGGAAUUCGCCUUCAUGAAAACAGCAUUGGCUGCUGACAGGGAAAGGCUAAUGAGCAAGUCGGGGGGCAUGCGAAACUAUGGAUCUCUGCGGUUCAGAGGAUCGGCGGAGACGGCGCUUCGGUGUCAGAACGUUGUCAGACAACGUCCAAGAAUGCGACGAAGGAAAGGACCAGGACCAACGAACGAUCCUCGGCCGACCUGA